GUGCACACAUCAGCAUGGGCGACAACCAACAAUUGACGAGAACAGUGCGGUCGCAUGCAUGUCAAAAAGCGUAUAGAGGGGCAGUGCGGCGUCAGAUCCCGGUGGCCGCUGGACGGAACCUUUUAGCUCGACUGGAAGCUCCGCCUCACUACUUACUUCCCUGCACCUCGUCUUCUUUCUUAUCGUGCAGUGUUCGACUGCAACACGACGCACUUGCCUCUCUCACCCCAUCUUUGAUUGCAACAUCAUACAGACAUGGAUCCCCUCCUUAAUAACCGGAUGCGCAUCUGGAGCACGUUCCAAGCCUACCUUCGAAGUGCCCCAUCUACGUCGUCAGACACUCUCAGCGACGAGUCAUGGUCUGAAGACGACCGCUCUCAACCCGACUCCGGGGAGACAGACACGACAACGCCCGUCGAAGAAAACGCACCGGCUCCACAAGCGGACACCAAACCAGAGCCAGUCGAUCCACCAGCAUCCGACAGUCUCCCAGAACCAUCGUUGCCUCGCUAUCUCGUGUACCCCGUCUACACGGUGCCUACCACGACAAGCCCUGCUACCCAGACGGGACUCUGCCUCCCCAAAACAGAGGAAAUCCUCGUUACCAGCACUUACGAACAGAUACCCCUCGAGACACCGAUCGCAUCGUCCCCACCCAACGACACCACCCCGCGCACCUUCACCGUUCACGCGCACCCCUGGUACGACGCAGUCGUCCCACCCGAACCAGCGGCCAUCGGUCCCAAAACGAUCAUCAUCAAAAUCAGAGUCAUCCUCUUCAUCCUCGGCAUCUUCGUUUACAUCGCCCUCCGGGUCCUUUGUGCGGCCUUUCGACGCGUGAGGCGGGCGUGGCGGAGGCGUCACGAGGCCUACGAGGAUCACGUUGCGGAGGAUCACGGCCGUGACGUUGGGCGAGAUGCGGGUUUGCAGCCUAUGCUCAAUCCGCAUCUGAACCGUUGGUGACGGGGGAAAGCACUGCAUGUGGAAACAGAGCAAAACAUGUCCAGUCGUAUAGCGAGGAUGGCGGGCCGAGGCGUUGUAUGCGGCCGACCCGGAGACUUGCCGAAGCGCUGUCCUCGGUUGAGUCGUUCUUGUGCACCUCAAGCAUGCAUGACAAGAGACGUUGUUAGCAGCUGCAGGGCACAAUCAAUCUGGGUUGUGGAGGUCUUGCCGAAAGGGAAAGGGUACUCAGGUGACAUGGAACCAUGGACUCGGAUGCGGUACAAUGACAUUUGUACGCGGGCACCUUGUAUAUCCCGAUGCUUGUACCGCUAUACAGGAUACCCUAUAUAUUGCGUGGUUGCCUGAAUUCAGUCACUCACCUGCGCUCUAUA